CUGGAAUAGUUGAACUACAAUGAAAAGAAUAACAGGGAAUGUAAUAAAAAGGAAACUCUCCACUUCGACUAUUUUGAAUAAUUCGAUAAAAAAUGUGACUGUGCUCGGCGGUGGAUCAAUGGGAUCAGGAAUAGCGCAAAUAACAGCCCAAGCCGGUCAAAAUACAAUUCUUGUAGACAUAAGCCCGGACUGUCUAAAAAACUCCGAAAAAACGAUACAAAGCAGCUUAACUAGAGUAGCCAAAAAGCUCUACAAAACCGACGAGACAUCAGGAAAAAAAUUCAUCGACGAAUCUCUAUCGCGUAUAAAAUAUUCCACCAAUCUCCAACAAGCUGCAGAGCAAACUGACUUGAUAAUAGAAGCUGUUACAGAAAAUUUACGCCUCAAACGCGAUUUAUUCAAGCGUUUGGAUAAAUCCGCACCGUCGAAAACGCUAUUCGCUUCCAAUACAAGCUCAUUCAGCAUCGAAGAAAUAGCUUCAGCUACUGAUAGAAAAGAUCGGUUCGGCGGGUUGCACUUCUUCAAUCCCGUUCCAGUAAUGAAGCUACUGGAAAUCAUCCGUACGCGAGAAACAACCGAAGAAACCUACCAAAUCAUGUUGAAUUUUGGAAGGAGUUUAGGAAAAACUUGCAUAACCUGCAAGGAUUCGCCAGGAUUCAUAAUGAACAGGCUAAAUGUGCCUUACGUGGCUGAAGCAAUGCGGAUGCUGGAAAGAGGCGAUGCGACAGCUGAAGAUAUCGAUACAGCCAUGAAAUUGGGCGCUGGGUACCCCAUGGGACCGCUGGAGGCGGUUGAUUACGGCGGAUUGGACACCUGCGCGUUCGUUUUGGAAGGGUGGCAUGCGAAAUUCCCCGAGAAUAAACUAUUUAAACCGCCCGCCGUUUUGCUGCGAUUGGUCGAGGAAGGUAAAUUGGGCCGGAAGACCGGCGAAGGGUUUUAUAAAUACGCGAAAUGUUAAUAAAGCAUUACAAUGAGG